AUGAAGUACGCACUUUCCCUCGUCGCCAGUGGCGCUGUCCUCGCUGCCGCCCAGCAGGGCCUCGGCCCUUGCGCUCAAAACUGCUUCAACAACAUGAUCGGCAUUGCCUUGAACCAGUUCCACUGCAGCAUUGGCGAUGUUGCUUGCUAUUGCUCCCACCCUGACUUCGGCUACGGUGUCCGCGACUGCUCCAACCAGGCCUGUUCCGCUUCUGAGGCCGCCGACGCCAUUGGUUUCGCCAAUGCCUACUGUGCUGCUGCCGUUAGCACUGCCAGCAACUCCGUCGCUUCCAUCUUGAGCACUGUGUCCGGCUCUGGAUCUAAUUACGCAUCAGCUACUUCCGCCGGCGCUGCUGCUGCCUCCUCAGGUUUGGGUGUUCUUGGUGGUGGCGCUUCUGGCUCUGGCUCUGGCUCUCAGUCCUCCGGUGCCAUGUCUACUGGCUCUAUGUCUUCUGGCGCCCAGCAGUCGUCUGGUAGCACUUCCUCUGCCAUCACUACCUCGGCUCUUGUCGGUACCAUCACCUCAGGUGGUAGCACCAUCCCUACCACCACUGGCUUCUCUACGAUCUACUCCGUCGUUCCCGUCGUCGGUGGUAUUGUUGGUGGUGCCUCAUCCGGUGCUUCAAGCGGUGCUUCGGCCGCCAGCUCUGGUGCUUCAAGCGCUGCAUCCGGUGCCAGCUCUGGUGUUUCGAGCGCUGCAUCUGGUGCUAGCUCUGGUGCCAUGAGCGCCUCAUCUGCCGCUGGCUCUGGUGCCUCAUCUGCUUCCUCGGUUGCCUCGUCCGCUGCUUCCAGUGCCUCGUCUGCUGCUAGCUCUGCUGCUUCCAGUGCCUCAAUGGGUGCUUCGUCCAAGGCUUCCAGCGCUGGAGCCGCCGCUUCAUCUGGUGCUUCGUCUGCCUCUUCUCACGCCUCGUCCGGAGCCUCUGCCGCCAGCUCAGGUGCCUCUUCUGCCGGAAGCGCUGCCAGCUCUGGAGCAUCGUCUGCCGCUUCUCGUGCUUCCAGCGGUGCUUCUAGCGUUGCCGGUGCCGCUACCUCGGGUGCUUCCUCGGCCGCUUCUCGUGCCUCAUCGGUCGUCGCCACUGCCGGAGCUCCUAUUCAGACCGUCGGCCCCAUGAUGGGUGCUGCUGCUCUUGCCGCUCUCAUGCUUGUCUAA